CUCUUCGCAAGUAUAAACCAUUUUCAAUUAUUCAUAACACUUAUCAGCCUCAGAAAGGUAAAACAUUUCGCUUGGCUCCUAAUAAAGAAUCUAUAUUAAUCGAACUCUGGGAUUGGGCUAAGCAGAAUUCCUUAUUACCUUUUGAGAAUCGUAAAAGUGCAUCACUUAUUUGCCAUCUUAGAAAAGAUCUACAAGGAAUUAUUCGUGCUCUCAAGACUGAAUUUCCAGAAUUAAGGAUCAAGGAAUAUCACGGUAAAUCUGAUCCAAUGGAAAAAGCUCAAGAUUUUAGCAACGUAGAAGAAUCAUGGAAAAAUAUUGACCUAGUUGCUUAUACCAGCACUUUAAAAAUAGGAGUAUCUUGCACUAAUCCUAA